AGUGCAUGACUUUUCUUCCGGGUCUGAUCCAAUCCAACGAUGCGGUCCAUGAAUUGAAUGUAGAAAUUGAGAAGAAUGAGGAGCCUAUAUAUAUACCCCAUACUUCUCUCAAAGGGAAUAUCAAGAUAUCACAAGUACUUCAUUUUUGAGCUAGCCGGCCUCGAUCUUAACAAAUUCACAGUUUCUAUCUAAUAUAUCUUCUGCCCUCCCACUCACUCAUCUUCAUCCCAAUCCUUAAUGGAAGCAACAAGCGUCCCCCUCCAGCCUCCAACUUAUGGAAACUUCAUCACCGUUCUCAGCAUCGAUGGUGGUGGAAUAAGAGGGCUUAUUCCAGGAACUAUCCUUAGUUUCCUAGAAUCUGAGCUUCAGAAGCUGGAUGGGGAAGAUGCAAGAAUCGCAGAUUAUUUUGAUGUUAUUGCAGGAACAAGCACUGGAGGUCUUGUAACUGCCAUGCUAACUGCCCCAGAUGAGAAUAACCGACCCCUCUUUGCUGCUAAGGAUAUCAAGGACUUCUAUUUAGACCACUGCCCUAAAAUCUUCCCGCAAGACAGUUCUACAUUGUUUCCUUUUGUUACAAAGAUUUCCAAAGCUCUUUCCGGACCAAAGUAUGAUGGGGUGUAUCUACAUGACAUUAUUAGGGAAAAACUAGGAAGUCUAAAAUUGCACCAGACGUUGACUAAUGUUGUGAUCCCAACAUUUGACAUCACGCGACUCCAGCCAACCAUCUUUUCUAGCUAUGAGGUAAAGAAAAACCCAAGCAUAGAUGCCUUACUCUCAGACAUAUGCAUCGCCACCUCAGCUGCUCCAACUUAUCUUCCAACUUAUCACUUUGAAACCAAAGACGCCGAAGGAGAAGUAAUUAGAGAAUUUAACCUUACAGAUGGUGGGGUUGCUGCUAAUAAUCCGGCUUUAGUUGCGAUGGGUGAAGUGUCAAAGGAGAUGAUUAAAGGAAAUCCCGACUUCUUUCCUAUAAAACCAAUGGACUAUGGGCGGUUUCUGGUAAUAUCAUUAGGAACUGGCUCACACAAAGCUGAAGAAAAAUACAAGGCGACCGACGCAGCUAAGUGGGGCAUAAUGGAUUGGUUAACUAAGGGUGGUUCCACCCCAAUAAUAGAUGUAUAUUCUGAAGCAAGUGCAGAUAUGGUCGAUCUCCACCUCUCUGUUGUUUUCAAAGCCUUUCAUGGUGAGAAAAACUAUCUGCGAAUUCAGGAUGAUACAUUAAACGGAGAAAUAUCUUCUGUGGAUAUAGCCACGACAAAGAAUUUGGAUGAUCUUGUGAAAGCUGGCGAAGCACUACUGAAGAAACCAGUCUCCAGGGUGAAUUUGGAGACAGGCAUCUUUGAGGUUGCUAACCAUGAAACCAAUGAAAAUGCUCUCAAAAGGUUUGCAAAACUACUUUCCCAAGAGAGGCAUCUUCGCCAUGCUAAGUCCCCCGUUGGACAUGCUCUCCAUCACAAUAAAAAAUGAAGAUAACGUUACGAACGUUUGUUGAUUUUGUAUGUUAGUAAGUUUUGUAAGGUCGAGGUGAUCAGACGUAGAAAAGUCCUCCUCCUUAUUCAUAAAUUUUUCGUUUUAGGAUUUUCUUUGAAUAAAUUCCGGGUAACAAUAACAUGCUUUUAUUAUUGUUUUUCUGGUUCUGUAAUUAAGAAAUGUAAGCCAAGUAUAUAGGCUUCCAAGUUCCAUAUAUACAAGCAAUAUAUUUCCUUUUUUAA